GCCGCGAGCUGUGAUCCGGAACCGUUUAACUCAGCGGCCGUUCUAGUGUGUUUCUGUCGUUUCUUUUCGCUGGCGCGGAUUUCAGCGACUCGACUCCCGCUUUUGUCGGCAUUUCUGAGCCUUUACGUCGCUCUCCGUUGUUUCGGAUCUCGAUUUCGUCUUCGUCGUCCUUGUCCGACGGAAAAGUUGCAACGGAAUUGCCUGUCCACGUGUCCUACGGUGUAUCGCGUCAUUCCACAGCGGAAGAAUCGUCCAGUUCUCUGUUCCUCCCAUCCUCGUUUCUCAUCCCGAAAGAAAUCCAGUGCUUCAGGGCUUUUUUCGGCCUCAGGUUCUUCUGUCGAACACUCGUGUCUUCGCAGCGAAAAGGUGCAUGCUUUCACCAACCCUCCAGCCGCAGUUCAGCAUCCACAUUUUGCACGUUGUUCUUUCAUCGACAAUUUUUCUCGACUUUACUCGCCGAUCCACAGCCCACGUCGGUCUUGCCGAAAGCCGCGGACCUUUCUUUUCCUGACGUUCUUGUCCCACCAAAUCCCAGUUUCCGCGAUGGACGACCUCGUGGCUCUGCAGCGGCAGAUCGACGGCAUUUCCUCGGAGGACGAAGAAGAAACGCCAGCAGCUUCCGUCCCCGCGACUUCAACUGACAAGAAGGAACGAGCCGACGCGGAGACGCACGCGAGCGACUCGGACGGGAAGAACGCCGCAGAAAAAGAGGACUCGGACGAAGAGUUCUUCGACCUCGCUACGGUCGUUGCGGAAGGCCGCCAGCGGCGUCUCGAGCAAAGAACGCAGGUGGAAAAAGCCAGCGAAGAUGCGAAGAACGGACUCUCUCCAGGCAUCCAACUCCCCUGUCCCGCGAGGGAAAUGGAGCUGGUGGCGGAGCGUGUACGGGAGGAGGCGGCGCAGCGCGAACUGCAUGCACGGCGCGCGCGCCAGAGACCCGAAGAGCUGACUCACGUUUCAGCAGGAGGCGACGUUUCUCAGGGUCUGAGUCGCCGAGAGCGACGACGAAGAAAGAUCGAAAACGCCAGCCAAAAACCGCAACAAGUCUACGUAGGACUCCCCAUCGGAAAGUCUUGGCAUGUCCCCCUUGUUGGAAUCGAGGGUCGCGGAGGUUACAGGAAAGCAGCAGCCGAAGAGGAAGAGGCUGCGACAAAGGCAGGAGAAAAGAGGAAGGCGAAUCUGACAGUGAAGGAGAGAGAGAAGCUGAAGCGGAUGAAGGGCCAGAGCUCUCACGCAACGUGGAAGCCUGAGCUCUGGAUGCAGCUGCGACAACAGUUCGACUGAGAAAUCGGGGAAAAAGUCAAAAUAAACGUGAAACAUAUCGUGCCUAAACACAAACAAAAUGCGACUCAAAAUGUGCAUUAAACUGCGCACAGUUUUAACAUGUGAAAAGUGAUUUUCAAGCUAUAUAUUUCUCCACAUAUCGGCUGCAGGCUUCCUCUCCCAUCUGCUCUUGUGUACCCGCAGGAAGCUUUUUUCUGGGGAGUACGUACUACGAAAUGGACUCUACUGGUUUAGAGCUUCAAAAACUCCUGUUUUUUUGCCCGAUCCAAGUUGUGCCGUGCUCUUCAUGACGAUCUUGUUAAGUGCAUCAAGCAUAGGGUGUCCAGUGUCCAUGUGAAAAUCCCCCUGUCUCUUUUCCGGAUUCUCUUCUUUCCUUUCGCGUUCCUUAGUCCACUGAGCGGCACCACGCUUCGCAUUUCCUUCCCCGUCUUCUCGCGAGUCCUGAUGCUUCGUGUCGAGGGUGAGAAUGAGGUGCCUCUCCAAGGGGAGCUCUGCAAACCGAGCCAAGUCGCCCCAGGUCUCCAGUCCCACAAACAAACCGAAUAUAAGCCGUUGCACGCA